AUGGAGGUCCUUCCCGCCAGCRGAGGCCGGACGGGGCGCCCGGAGCGGGAGUUCCGCGGUGGCGGCGAGGAGAGGCUAGAGCACGCGGUGGAGGAAGCGGUUCCUGGAGUGGCCMGGACUGUUCYCCCUCAAGGGACGGCGGARCGGCCGCCCGGCUCCCGCGGCUCAUGGGAAGGCGAGGAGGAGCCGGAGCCCGAGCCGGGCCAACAGCCCCGCGGCCGCACGAGCCGCACGGCGUCCCUGGUGAGCGGCCUGCUCACCGAGCUGUACAGCUGCACGGAGGAGGAGGAGGUGGCCGCCGGGAGCCGCGGUCCGGGGGGCCRCCCGCGGCGCCGUGACAGCCUGGACAGCUCCACCGAGGCCUCGGGCUCCGACGUGUUCCUGGGCGUGCGCGGCGCCGGCGACUCCCGCGUGCUGCAGGAGCUGCAGGAGAGGCCGAGCCAGCGGCUCCAGAUGCAGUACCUGCGGCAGAAAGACCCUAAUGAAUUGAAGACAAUCCUUCAGGAGCUCAAGUACAGAAUUGGCAUUCAGUCGGCCAAGUUACUUCGGCAGCUGAAGCAGAAAGAUAGGCUUCUGCAUAAACUACAGAGGAACUGUGAUAUUGUGACUGCCUGCCUGCAGGCUGUGUCUCAGAAGAGAAGAGUUGAUACAAAAUUGAAGUUCACUCUUGAGCCAUCUUUAGGUCAAAAUGGUUUUCAGCAGUGGUAUGAUGCUCUCAAGGCUGUAGCCAGACUAUCAACAGGGAUACCAAAGGAAUGGAGAAGAAAGGUUUGGUUGACCUUGGCAGAUCAUUAUUUGCACAGUAUAGCCAUUGACUGGGAUAAAACCAUGCGUUUCACUUUCAAUGAAAGGAGUAAUCCUGAUGAUGAUUCGAUGGGAAUUCAGAUAGUCAAGGAUCUUCACCGUACAGGCUGCAGUUCUUACUGUGGCCAAGAGGCUGAGCAGGACAGGGUUGUGCUGAAGCGGGUGCUGCUGGCCUAUGCCCGAUGGAACAAGAAUGUCGGGUACUGCCAAGGCUUUAACAUCCUGGCGGCGCUAAUUCUGGAAGUUAUGGAAGGCAAUGAAGGGGAUGCAUUGAAAAUUAUGAUUUACCUGAUUGAUAAGGUACUUCCUGAAAGCUAUUUUGUCAAUAAUCUCCGGGCAUUGUCUGUGGAUAUGGCUGUCUUCAGAGACCUCUUGAGAAUGAAACUCCCUGAAUUAUCCCAGCACCUGGAUACUCUUCAGAGAACUGCAAACAAAGAAAGUGGAGGUGGAUACGAGCCCCCACUUACGAAUGUCUUCACGAUGCAGUGGUUUCUGACUCUCUUUGCCACGUGUCUCCCUAAUCACACAGUUUUAAAGAUCUGGGAUUCAGUCUUCUUUGAAGGUUCGGAGAUCAUCCUAAGGGUGUCACUGGCCAUCUGGGCAAAAUUGGGAGAGCAGAUAGAAUGUUGUGAAACAGCAGAUGAAUUCUAUGGCACCAUGGGGCGCCUCACCCAGGAGAUGCUGGAGAAUGACCUUCUGCAAAGCCAUGAACUCAUGCAGACUGUUUAUUCUAUGGCACCAUUCCCUUUUCCACAACUGGCAGAGUUGAGGGAAAAGUACACCUACAACAUUACACCCUUCCCAGCCACAGCUAAACCCACUUCAGUUUCUGGACGACAUGGUAAGGUGAGAGACAGUGAUGAGGAGAAUGACCCAGAUGAUGAAGAUGCUAUUGUUGAUGCAGUAGGGUGUCUUGGACCUUUCAGUGGGCUCCUGGCACCUGAGCUGCAGAAGUACCAAAAGCAGAUGAAAGAACCAAAUGAGGAGCAGAGUCUGAAAUCCAAUAACAUUGCGGAGCUGAGUCCAGGAGCCAUCAACUCCUGUCGAAGUGAAUACCACGCGGCAUUCAACAGCAUGAUGAUGGAACGCAUGACCACAGACAUCAGCGCCCUGAAGCGGCAGUACUCCAGGAUCAAAAAGAAGCAGCAGCAGCAGGUCCACCAGGUGUACAUCAGGGCAGACAAAGGACCAGUGACCAGCAUUCUCCCAUCUCAGGUAAACAAUUCUCCAGUUAUAAACCACCUCCUUUUAGGGAAGAAGAUGAAAAUGACGAACAGAGCUGCCAAGAAUGCAGUCAUUCACAUCCCUGGUCAUGCAGGAGGCAAACUGUCUCCUGUCCCCUAUGAAGAUCUUAAAACAAAGCUCAACUCUCCAUGGCGAACUCACAUCCGAGUCCACAAGAAGAACAUGCCGAGGAGCAAGAGCCACCAGGGCUGUGGGGACACCAUAGGGCUGAUCGAGGAGCAGAACGAGGGCUGUAAGACCAACAGCCUGGGGGCAGCAGAGGAGUUUUCCUCCAGGUGUGCAGCCCCCGCUGCAAAAGAAGGCAGCAGUUCUGAAGGUGGCAUCGGUAGGACAAUUGAAGGACAGUCUCCAGAGCCGGUGUUCGGGGACGCCGAUGUCGAUGUGUCUGCGGUUCAGGUGAAGUUAGAAGCCUUGGAACUGAACCAAAGGGAUGCUGCUGUUGAAACUGAGCCCAAGGUGCACCCGCCCUGCCAACUGCAUGUUCCAGAGCUACCUGAUGCCCCUGGAGAAAUCAAAGCCACCAGCAAACCUCCCCAAGGCAGCCACUCAAAAACCCCCAUCUUUAGCCCUUUCCCCAGUGUGAAGCCACUGAGGAAAUCAGCCACUGCCAGGAAUUUGGGAUUAUAUGGUCCAACAGAAAGAACCCCAACCAUGCACUUUCCUCAGAUGAGCAGGAGCUUCAGCAAAUCCAGUGGCGGGAAUAGUGGCACUAAAAAACGAUGAUGUCUCCUGGCCACUGUGCUGGACUCGCCUCUGCGCGCUGUGUAAGGGUUCC